AUGAUUCAGCCUCAGACAGACCUGGUCCUGGUUCAGUCUGGGAUGGUUCAGUCUGGGAUGGUUCAGUCUGGGAUGGUUCAGUCUGGGAUGGUUCAGUCUGGGAUGGUUCAGUCUGGGAUGGUUCAGUCUGGGAUGGUUCAGUCUGGGAUGGUUUGGUGUAAAGGUGUGGUGCGGAGAGCCUGGCCGUGGAGAGGCAACCCAAACGCGGCUACAGCGAUCACCCAUCCCCGCCGUCAAAUCACGCCGUGGUUCCGCAGCAUCGCAAACAAGACACAAGAAAGAGACGCGGGUUUAUUUCUGGUUUUGUGCGUGAUGUUUGUUGGAGCCAGUGGAGCCAAGUUGAAGAGGCGACACCGGAGGAGCAUCCACCGGGAGGAGACUGAGGAAUCCGGGGGAGAGACGGAGCAGGCAGCCGCCCCACUCGCUCGGCCACACGCAGGGGGGAGAGAGAGAGUGGAGCAUCCUCAGAGACACUUCACGAUCUCUGUCCGCGCGCGUGCACGUGGAAGGAGGUAA